CUCUUCAUGGUGGAUAAUGCAGCUGAUGACUGGAGGAUUGCCAUGACUUAUGAGCGGAUCUUCCUAGUUCUGCUGGAGCUGCUGGUCUGUGCCAUCCACCCCAUCCCGGGCCAGUAUGUCUUCACCUGGACGGCCCGGCUGGCCUUCACCUACAUGCCCUCAGUAACUGAUGCUGACGUGGACAUCGUCCUCUCCAUCCCCAUGUUCCUCAGGCUCUACCUGAUCAGUCGCGUCAUGCUGCUGCACAGCAAGCUUUUCACAGACGCCUCGUCGCGCAGCAUCGGCGCAAUCAACAAGAUCAACUUCAACACGCGCUUCGUCAUCAAGACUCUCAUGACCAUCUGCCCUGGCACCGUGCUGCUGGUCUUCAGUGUCUCCUGUUGGAUCAGCGCCUCAUGGACAGUGCGCAUCUGUGAGAGAUAUCAUGACACACAGGAAGUGACCAGUAACUUCCUUGGGGCCAUGUGGCUCAUCUCCGUCACCUUUCUCUCCAUUGGUUAUGGAGACAUGGUCCCUCACACUUACUGUGGAAAGGGUGUCUGUCUGCUGACUGGAAUCAUGGGGGCCGGCUGCACUGCCAUGGUGGUUGCUGUAAUUACGAGGAGGCAGGAGUUGACCAGAGCUGAAAAAGCACGAUUUCACAACUUCAUGAUGGACUCUCAGCUAUACAAACGA